AGAAGUUCUCAUCCGCAGCUGCGAUCUAACCUUGGGAAAACUAACAUUGCGCAAAAAAGUGUUUUUAUUAUUGUAGCUUUACUGCUAGUGGCAAGGUUAUCCAUUUUUGUUUUCCCUUUCCGUCCGUGUUCAACAUUUGUACAACGAUGCAGUGACGUGUUAUAGUCGCAAACAGUCCACCUUCCGAUCGAGUCUCUUCCUGGCUGCAGUUGCCCAACGUAAACGUACUGUAAUCAAACAGAAAAUCAUAACUUCUAAUAGCGAUCAGAAAUGCUUGUUUCAUCGCACCAUCUUGAUGGUGACUGGAACAAUGGAGGCACAGGCCCAGCAGUGUUAGUUCGCAACGCAAUUAAAAGCUACGGAACUGGGGAAAAACGUAGUUCCGUACUCGCUGGAUUCGACAUGAACGUUCAAAGAGGAACCAUAUACGGAUUGUUGGGGUCCAGCGGCUGCGGUAAGACGACCCUGUUGAGCUGUCUGGUUGGCCGUCGCAGUUUGAAUAGUGGGGAAGUGCUCGUCUUUGGCAACAAACCAGGCACUCCGGAGAGCGGAAUCCCUGGCCCACGGGUCGGUUACAUGCCCCAAGAACUGGCACUGUACGGCGAUUUCACCAUCAAGGAGACACUGCAGUAUUUUGGCCGCAUUUACAGCCUGCCAAAGGCUUUUGUUAAAGAACAGUUAGCGUUUCUUUCCAAGCUGCUUGAUCUCCCGCCGAGCGAUCGUUACGUCAAGACGCUCAGUGGCGGUCAAAAGCGACGAGUCUCAUUCGCAGUCGCUUUGUUUCACGAGCCGGAAUUGCUCAUCCUGGACGAGCCAACUGUUGGAGUCGAUCCUCUACUCAGACGCAGCAUUUGGGAUCAUCUCAUCCGCCAGAGUGUCGAUCACGGAAAGACAGUCAUUGUAACCACUCAUUACAUCGAAGAAGCGCGACAGGCUAACACGAUUGGAAUGAUGCGUUCUGGUCGUUUGCUUGCCGAACAAUCGCCAGAGAUGCUGUUGAGCCAUUACAGGCUUUCAUCGUUGGAAGAUGUGUUCUUAAAACUUUGCAUGGAAGGCAGUGGUAAUCAUCCAGCAGAUCAAUUUAACGAGCCAGUGUCGAUUAUCACACCUUCCGACGAAAUCAAUCACGCUGUCGGUCUGCGCCAACGUUCCGUGGAAGGUCACGACAACCCGUCCUUCGAUCGUAACAAUCGAAUUGAUGUCUCUCAAGGAAACAUUGACCAACAGAGACACGAUAAUUGCCCACAACUUCCCGUCAUCCACACCGAUCAUUCUGAUGCAGCAGAUGGCGUGAAUAGUGCGGCCAACUGCAACGAUUGGUGCCAAUCUACCGGAAAUGCAAAUAGGGUGAAGCAAAGAAAGUGCCGAAAUCAAACGGCGUCAAUGUCUUCUUUGCAUCGCAUUGACGCCCUCAUUCGCAAAAAUUAUUUGAUAUCAUUGCGAAAUAUUGGGAUAUUUUUAUUCAUCUACUUGUUGCCCGCCUUCCAAGCCACCAUUUUUAAUGUGACUCUUGGACACGAACCGAAGGAUCUCAAAAUGGCCAUCGUUAAUGACGAAGUGAAUUCUAGGCAAGGCCAGAUCUGCAAUUAUACGACAGACUGUUCGUAUUCGAUGCUGAGCUGUCGCUAUCUUCGAUACGUCAACAAGAAUAUCAUUCAGGUUCCUUUUGAAAAUAUUUCGGAUGCUAUGGAAGCGGGGAAAAACGGGCGCGUGUGGGGUGUGGUCCAUUUCGGACAUAAUUUCACGGAAGAAUUUGAACUUCGGCAAACCGAAGGCGAUUCCGCAACUGUUGAAAAUAUAAUGCGCAGUCGCAUCAGCGUCAACAUGGAUUCUUCAAACCAACAGAUCGACGUAUUUAUUGAAAAAUGGCUGAUGGAAGCCUUCCGGGAUUUCUUGACAAAUUUUAUGACGUCUUGCCAGUACGAGCCAGAGGCGGGCUACAUUCCUAUCGUGUUCUUAGAUCCGGUUUACGGCAAAAAAGAUACUUCGUUCACCGAAUUCAUGGCUCCCGGUCUUAUUAUCUCGAUCGUUUAUUUUAUGGCUGUUUCGUUAACCGCUGGAGUCUUCGUUGCCGAAAGGAAACAAGGCCUUCUCGAUCGGAGUUUAGUGGCUGGUGUAACGAUGAUCGAAAUUCUGGCCGGUCAUUUAUUCAACAUGUUCACCAUAAUCAUGGGUCAAACUGCCCUCGUUUUCGUGUGCAUGUUGGUCAUCUUCAACAUCCCAUGUCAAGGCAAUUUAGCGUUAGCAGUGUUCAUUACUUGUCUCCAAGGUUUUGUUGGCAUGUGUUUCGGUUUACUUAUAACGACUGCAUGCGAUGACGAAGCAACGGCUCUGAAUCUUUCGCAGGCCAGUUUCAUUCCGUUGUUGGUGAUGGGUGGAAUUUGCUGGCCGAUUGAAGGUAUGCCCUACUAUCUCCGGUACAUUGCCUAUUCCAUGCCGGUGACGUACGCUAUUGAAUCGUUGAGAUCCAUUUUCUCACGAGGAUGGGGCAUCGAAGAAGUUGACGUUUACGCAGGAAUUCUGAUCAGCAUCGCGUGGAUUUUCGUAUUGUUGAUUUUGAGCUUGAUCGUGGUCCGCACACGAAAGUAUUCCAAUUGAAAACUGUGCGCUUCUCUUCAGGAAAUGUGUUUAUGUAUCUAUUCAGAUUGAAAUUUUCAGCUUCUUAUUAUCGUUUUAAACGUCUUUUCGGGGAUGGUGAUUAGGUCUAGUCUCAUCUUAUGGCGGAUGUAUUCUUAUAUACGCAGGGCGUGUUAUAAUUUCGAAUUUUUGAUUGUUAGCUGGAGCACAGCCAAUCGUAUUUUAUGGUGCUAAUACAUGCAAUAAAUGUUC